UGAUGACGUAACAAUCCGCGACGCGUGUGUUUGGGAAAAGCAUGCAGAUGAAACCGUGACUCAAGAGUUGACAUUUUAAUAAGUUACUCACUUUAAAAGAAGCGAAUAAAGGAAAAACUUGCGUGUUUUUUGGAAGCACAUCUUUAUCGAAGCCAAGAUGAGUUCGUCAAUGCCGCAGAAGCGUUACUACAGACAACGAGCACAUUCAAACCCGAUGGCACAUCAUUCGUUUGACUAUCCUGUGUGUCCAGAGGAGAUGGACUGGAGCACGCUCUAUCCACAAUUCUUUAGUGAGGAGCAAUCUGGAGAAGGAACAGCACAAGUUGAGUUUGCAGAUAUUGGGUGUGGAUACGGUGGGCUUUUAGUGGAGUUAGCUCCACUCUUUCCAGACAAACUCAUGCUGGGUCUGGAGAUCCGGGUGAAAGUGUCCGAUUAUGUCCAGGAUCGUAUCAAGUCAUUACGUGAGAGCAAUCCAGGAAGCUACCAGAACAUUGCCUGCCUUCGCAGCAACGCCAUGAAGUAUCUUCCCAACUUCUUCAGGAAGGGACAGCUUAGUAAGAUGUUCUUCCUUUUCCCGGAUCCUCAUUUUAAGAAGACCAAACACAAAUGGAGGAUCAUCAGCCCUACGUUAUUGGCAGAGUAUGCCUACACACUUAGAAUCGGGGGUUUAGUUUAUACCAUCACGGACGUGGAGGAGGUCCACCUUUGGAUGGUGAAGCACUUUAGUGAACAUCCGUUAUUCUUGCGGGUCCCUGAUGAAGAGCUGGUUGAUGAUGUCAUCAUUUCUCAAUUAGGUGUGUGCACAGAGGAAGGAAAGAAAGUGCAGCGGAACGAAGGGAAAAACUUUCGCGCGAUUUUCCGGCGGAUUGAAGAUCCAGUAUUGGUGGACAUUGAAUGAAACACAAAAAAAAAGUGACUUUUGCUCUUCUUGGUGCAACUUAGAGGAUUAAACAGAGCGGCUGUUCGGAAAGACACAUGGUCUUCUCCGGUUGUUGCCACGUUACACCAUCAUGGGGGGGGGGGGGGGGUGCAGUCUUUUUUUAUUUUAUUUUUUUUAUUAAUGAUUUUCUCUUUCUAGAUGCUCUUUUGUUUCUUGUAAAUCACAUUCAGUGCAUUGUAUCAUACUUGUCAUACAGUGGUAAUAAUAAAGAGCAGGUACAUUUUAAAAGCAAUAUUUUACAUACUUGAUUGGCUAGCUCCUGUAAAACAAA